AUGGUCGACGUCGGGGCUGGGGCUGCAACAUUCAGCAACUGGUUGUUGGGGAUCUUCGGCAGAGGGCACGAAGGUGAAAUGGAAGAAGUGGUUGUGAUCAAAGUUAAUGUUAAUGGGGAUUUGUUUGAACAAGAGGGGCGCUUUGGCAUGGGUUGUGUAGCUCGGAAUCGUCAUGGUGCUAUAGUUGAAGCAUUCAAGAAGGGGAAGAUUGGUUGUGUUCAACUCGAAAUUGCUGAGAUAAUAGGCAUUAAAGAAGCUUUGAGUUGGAUUGCAACUCAUUCGUGGAAUAGAGUCAUAAUGGAAACAGAUAGCUUGGUGUGUGUCCAAGCGAUUCAUAGCGGUAUUUUUAUGCCUUCACAGUUUGGUCUUAUUAUUCAAGAUGUUCGAAAUUUGCUUAUGGCUCUAUCUUUUGUUGAUUUGUGUUUUGUAAAACGAUCUGCAAAUAAGUUGGCUCAUUGCUUGACAAGAGACUCUUAUUUCUCUACAGGUCGUAUACUUCAGCUGGAGGACUGUUCAUCUGAAGUAACACGUCGAGUGGGUAACGAAGAAAGAAUUGACAUUCAGAGGAUAAGGGAGCUGUUGGGUUUAAGUUCGCCAGAGGGUAAUAUUAAUUACUUGGGGCUUCCUCUAUUCAGAGCAAAACACAAGGAUGCAGAUUUUAACUUUAUUCUGGAUAACCUGACCACUAAAUUGCAUGGUUGGAAAGCUAAAACUCUAUCUAAAGCGGGGCGUGCAACUCUUAUCAAGUCGGUGGGUUUAGCUCUUCCUUUGUAUGAUAUGCAAACUACCAAACUUUCUAAUAGACUGGCCAGGAAGAUUGACGGAAUGGUGCGUGACUUCUGGUGGGGUUCUGAAAAGGGUAAUAGAGGAAUUCACCUUAAAGCCUGGGACAAACUCUGCCUCCCCAAAUCCUUGGGGGGUCUGGGCUUCCGAAAAUCCAAAGAAAUGAACCAAGCUUUCCUCGCUAAGUGGGGGUGGAAUCUUCUGACAGGGAACCAGUCUUUAUGUUGCCGUAUCCUUGAGGCCAAAUAUCUUAAAGGAAAGUCCUUUCUAGAUUGUGUUCCGAAAGCCUCGGACUCCUGGUUUUGGAAGAAUGUUACUAAGUCAAGAGACGUCAUUCGUAAAGGGGCUUGUAAACGUGUGGUCGAUGGCCAGGAUACCAACAUUUGGUUGGACCCUUGGAUUGCGCAUCUAAAGGGAUUCACUCCCCAACCUAGUGGGCGGGUCGUGAGUAGGGAGACCAAGGUAGCCGAGCUCCUGUUACAGAAUGGUGGAUGGAAUUUCCAAAAGCUCCACCAGUUGUUUAAUCAGGAAACGAUCUCUGCUAUCCUCAGCGAAUGUGUGCCUACUGGUCGGGGAAAGGAUAGCUGGGUCUGGACCUUGGAAAGUAAUGGUCGGUUCACCUGCAAAUCUGCCUAUUUGGCCCAAACCGUGGAUAGUUCGAGCCCUACAGAGGCUCUCCCAGUUCGUUCGGUGUUAGGUAGAAGGUUUCCUAUUGAGGAUGAGAGUUGCCCCCUGUGCGGAGCAGAAAGUGAAACUAUGGAGCAUUUAUUUCUCUCUUGUAAUGUUGCCUUUCACCUAUGGCGAUCUUCUCCUUGGGGUAUCUUCCCCAUUUGUGACGCGGGUAUAAGAAUGUGGGAUUGGGUUAAGUUCUUAUGGGAUCUCAAAAAUAAAGGAAUUAAUGAGCAGAAAACUUUCUUAUAUGCUUCGCUCAUCAUUGACACCAUCUGGCGGACCAGGAACGAAAAGCAUGUCUUGACUGCCGGUGGUUCUGAGGAUCACGUCGGCAAGGUGAUCUGGGUAUCUGCAAAAAGACUGGAUUUUUCUAGUGCUCUCUGUGGGGAAGCGGCGGCCUGCUGUUUGGCCAUAGAGGAGGUAAAAGCUCGCGGUAUUCAGUACCUUAUAGUGGAGAGUGACUUGAGGGUGGUGAUCAACGUCCUCAAUGGGAAGGAGUCUCGUUGGGGGCUUGAUAACUAUGUCUCUUUUUGUAAAACCACCUCCACCUCUUUUAUUGGUUGUAAUUUUCAUUUCGUCCGUAGACAGUGUAAUUUUAUGGCCCAUAAUGUGGCUAACUGGGCAUUUUCCAAUCAGAGGUUUGGCUCUAUGCCGAUUUCCUCUUUGCCUGAAAUUAUAUUUUGUAAUGACCGGGAGGUCUAA